AACUGGCGCCUCGGAGGACCCGAGCGGGGAGCAAGUUGAGGACAUGGCCCCUCGGCGCCUCCUGUUGGUUGGGGAGGGGAAUUUCUCCUUCGCCGCUGCUCUGAGCGAGACCCUGAAUGCGAGCACCCGUGUAACGGCCACCUGCCUCCAGAGCCCGGCCGAGUUGGCCCGGGAUCCGGUGGCCCGGGAGAAUCUGCAGCGCCUGCGCGAGCGAGGUACCGAAGUACGUUUUGGUGUGGACUGCACCCAGCUGGCAGAUGCCUUUGAACCGCACCACAGGGAGUUUGAUCGAAUUUAUUUUAAUUUUCCGCACUGCGGACGAAAAGCUGGAGUGGCUAAGAACAGGGAACUGCUUGCCAAGUUUUUCCAGAGCUGUAAAGAUGUUCUUGCAGAGGAAGGAGAAGUCCACGUGGCAUUGUGUAGAGGACAAGGUGGGACUCCUGCUGAUAAGCCCAUGAGAGAAUGGCACAACAGUUGGCAAGUGGUUGCCAUGGCAGCUCUGGGGGGAUUCAUUUUAAGUGACGUGCAUCCCUUUAGCUGUGAGGCUGUGCCAGGAUACAAGUGCACUGGAUAUAGGAGUCAAGAUAAGUCCUUUCAUGUAGAAGAUGCUUUGAACCAUAUCUUCACCCGGAGCUUACCCUUUGAAGGUUCACAACCCAGAAUCUUCAGGAUUAAACUGGGUGACCGGUGGUUUUCCUUUCCUGAACCAGAUGCACUUGUAGGAAAGUUGAACAGAGGUUUCCUAGAAGCACCUUCAUGUCAUCCUAUCAAAACCAUUAAUGAGAAACUCAUUGCUGAAUUGGGCAAAGCUUUCCCUCUGAAGAGACUGAAGUGUUCCUUCCCUUUGCUGCCAGAGAGAAGCACCAGUGUUCUCACUUCCUGGAACUGUGACAGUUUGUCAGCUGCGUUUUGGAUUAGUCUCUGUGAAGAUAACUCAAAUUCUGAGUCCCUGACUGAUGGGACAACGCAAGACAUGGAGGACUUUCUAGUGUUAUUUUCAGAAUUUAGCCUCAAGGAUCCUGGAAGGGACAGCAGGGAAGAAGCUCAUGAAGGAAUCUAUGGCCAAACCAAGGUCUGCCUUAGACCUUCUCUCCUAGCUCAUGCUCAGACUGUCAUCCAAGCACCAGACUUCCUCCCCGGUUCCCUGCACGUCCUCAGUGGACCUGUCUUUCAGAAGUGCCCCAUCUUGCCUUUCACAAUGCCGGCAUUUCAUGAGACUUUAUUUAUCCUUGGGUUUAAUAAAAAUCUGAGGGAUGAUUAUUUUCAGUCACUACUGGAUCAUCUGAAGGGCACUCUCGAUAGCCUUCUGACCCAGACAUUGCUGGAGGGCUCUAAACUGAGCCGUUCAGUGGAAUUUAUCUUUCAGUCAAAUGAGAAAGAUUAUAUUAUUAAGGUGAAGUCUCAUAAUUUUGGCUCAGAUUGUGCCAAGGAUCUGAUUAUUGGAUCUGUCACUACAUCUGCUACAAGCAUUAUACACAAGGACCAGUGUUUUAUGUUUGUGUCUAUGAACUUGGACCUACUAGCCAUGCUUGUCUGGGGUAUCUCUGACUGGAGGAUGUUGUGGACCUUUGAUCACCGUUUCCUGAAGAAUUUUGUUCCUGGGAAAAUAGAACCCUUUAAAAGCUAUUCCCUGUAUCCCCCGUGCUAUGUGCAUGAUAUUAGUUUUUGGUUAGAUGAGAAGAAAGAAUUUGAUGAACUAGAGUUUCACACAGUGGCCCGAGCAGUGUCCCAGGACACUGUCAUAUCUAUACAAUUCCUUAGUCGUUUCCAGCAUCCAAAGACUCAACAGGUCAGUCUCUGCUAUAGAUUGACUUACCAGACGUGUGACAAGGCCCUCACCCAGCACCAGGUGGGAUCAAUGCAGUCUCAGUUUAGGAAAGAGAUUCAGCAAAGACUACAUGUAAUACCUCGGUAGUUUAGUAAAUUUACUUCUCCAGAGUGAUCCUUGUGGGUAUGGGUGUGGGUGCAGAUGAAAAAGACCAAUUUGGGGGCGCCUGGGUGACUUGGUUAAGCAUCUGCCUUCAGCUCAGGGCAAGAUUCCAGUCUCCUGGGAUGGAACCCUGCAUUGGGCUCCCUGCUCAGCGGGGAGUCCGCUUCUCUCUCUCCC